AUGGCUGAACGUCUGGAGGACCAUCUUCAAUGUCCCACCUGUCUGGACAUCUUCAAAGACCCUGUCAUGCUUCCGUGCAGUCACAACUUCUGCCGUGCGUGUCUGCAGCAGUGGAAGGACGCAGGAGAACGAUCGUGUCCAGUCUGUCGGACAGAGUUUAGUUUGAUGGAUCCGCCUUUGAACUUGGCAUUGAGGAAUAUGUGUGAGAACCUUUCACGAGCCUCAGUCAAGUCAGAAGACAUCUGCAGCUUGCAUGAGGAGAAAUUUCAACUGUUCUGUUUGGACCACCAGGAGCUUGUGUGCCUCAUUUGCAGAGAUGCAGAAAUCCACAUUGGUCACAAGAUCCGGCCCCUCAAAGAAGUUGUGAAAGGUCAUCGUGAGAAACUCCAGAAAGGCCUGCAGAAGGCCAAGGAAAGACUCAAAGAUUACAACGACUGUCGAGAGAACUGCAAUGAACAGGCAGAGUACAUCAAAGUCCAGAGGGAGAAUGUCGAACGCAAGAUUAAGAAGGAUUUUGAGGAGCUCCGUCGCUACCUUGACGUCGAAGAGGAGGCCAGGCUGGCUGCAGUCAGGGAGGAAGAGAAGAAGAAGAGUCAAACGAUGAAGGAGAAAAUGGCGUCUCUCGGAGAGCAAAAGGCCGCUCUCUUGGAUGUCAUCAGAAGCACUGAGGAGCAGCUGACAUCUGGUAAUGUUUCUUUCAUGAAGAAGUUCAAGACUGCGAUGAGCAGAAUCCAGGAGCUGCCUGAAAAGGAGCAGCUGCUGCCAGGGAGUCUGCUGGACGAAGUCAAACACGUGGGCAACCUCAAAUUCAAGGUGUGGGAGCGAAUGAAGGAGACGAUCGCCUAUAGUCCAGUCAUUCUGGACCCCAACACGGCAUGUCCAGGAAUCAGUCUCUCUGAAGAUCUGACCAGUCUGAGUUGGGAAGACAUAAAGCAGCAGCGUCCAAAGAAUCCAGAGAGGUCCCAGAAGGAGGAGUCUGUGCUGGGUGGUGCUUUGGACUCGGGAAGACACAUAUGGGACGUUGAGGUGGGAGACAGCAAUGCCUGGGAAGUGGGGUUUGCGUGGGGAGACCCUUGUGUAAGAGAGAAAAUGAAAAGUUGUUUCAUUGGAUUUAGGGAUGGUAAAUACAAAAUCUCAGGUGGCCAAUAUGGAGGAUGGAAUCCGCCUUUCAAAAUACAGAGGAUCCGAUUUGAAGUGCGCGUGAAGGGAAUGUCGAUUUCCAUCUCUGAUCCUCUUACAAACACCACAUUGUUUAAUUUUCGGGACCCUUUUAUGGCAAUUUCAAACUUUUUCAGAAAAUUCCAAAUGUAUCCUUCCUUUUUCACAAAAAGUAAAAUUCCUCUAAAAAUUAUCCCCAUUCAACCUGGUGUUACGACUGCCAUCGAUUAG